AUCCAUUCUUGUGCCGUUUCUCGGAAAAGCUUUUCAGUAAAUGCACUCAUGCUGCUCCAGGAGCUCUUCUCUGCAACAAGCCGCCCAUCUGCCAUCAACAAGUUAAGACCGGGAGAACUAACAGCUGCAGAAAGGAAAGACUGAUGCUUUGAUUAACCAGCUGAGCAGUUAGAGGAGGACGAAAUUAAUAACUUAUAUUCAGAAGCGAUUUAAGGAAACAGAGUGGUCACGAAAAAUGAAACCAACGCUAUUGAGAAGAAUAUCCUAAGGAAAAAAACAACUCACCCUGCUGGAUUAAAUUUUACUCAGAAAGCCUGGGACAUAGAAAACAGGAAACUGGUCAAAGGCUCCUGCAUGUUAGAGCCUUUUACAGACUCACUGCGUUGAGUCUAACAACCGCGACUGAAUGCAGCCUCCAAUGUGCUCAGAAGAAUGGGCUUACAUUUCAAGUGGCCAUUAGGGGCCCCUAUGCUGGCAGCAAUAUAUGCAAUGAGUAUGGUUUUAAAAAUGCUGCCUGCCUUGGGAAUGGCGUGUCCACCUAAAUGCCGCUGCGAGAAGCAGCUCUUCUACUGCGACUCUCAGGGCUUCCACUCAGUGCCAAACGCCACAGACAAGGGCUCUCUGGGCCUUUCCCUGAGGCACAAUCACAUCACAGAGCUUGAAAGGGAUCAAUUUGCCAGCUUCAGUCAACUUACCUGGCUCCACUUAGACCACAAUCAAAUUUCAACAGUAAAAGAAGAUGCUUUUCAAGGACUAUAUAAACUUAAGGAAUUAAUCUUAAGCUCCAACAAAAUAUUUUACUUGCCAAAUACAACUUUUACCCAACUGAUUAAUCUGCAAAAUUUGGACCUGUCUUUUAAUCAGCUGUCAUCUCUGCACCCAGAGCUCUUCUAUGGCCUUCGGAAGCUGCAGACCUUGCAUUUACGGUCCAACUCCCUGCGGACUAUCCCAGUACGCUUGUUCUGGGACUGUCGUAGUCUGGAGUUUCUAGAUUUGAGCACAAACCGUUUGCGAAGUUUGGCUCGAAAUGGAUUUGCGGGAUUAAUCAAACUGAGAGAGCUUCACCUAGAGCACAACCAGCUGACGAAGAUUAAUUUUGCUCAUUUCCUACGUCUAAGUAGUCUGCACACGCUCUUCUUACAAUGGAACAAAAUCAGCAACUUGACAUGUGGGAUGGAAUGGACCUGGGGCACUUUAGAAAAGCUAGACCUGACUGGAAAUGAAAUCAAAGCCAUCGAUCUGACAGUGUUUGAAAUAAUGCCUAAUCUUAAAAUACUCCUAAUGGAUAACAACAAGUUAAACAGCCUGGAUUCCAAGAUCUUAAAUUCCCUGAGAUCCCUCACAACUGUUGGCCUCUCUGGCAAUCUGUGGGAAUGCAGCCCUAGAAUAUGUGCUUUGGCCUCCUGGCUGGGCAAUUUCCAAGGUCGGUGGGAGCAUUCCAUCUUAUGCCACAGUCCUGACCACACCCAAGGAGAGGAUAUACUAGAUGCAGUCCAUGGAUUUCAGCUCUGCUGGAAUUUAUCAACCACUGUCAUCACAGCCAUGGCUACAACUUAUAGAGAUCCAACCACUGAAUAUACAAAAAGAAUAAGCUCAUCAAGUUACUAUGUGGGAGACAAAGAAAUCCCAACUACUGCAGGCACAGCAGUUACUACUGAGGAACACUUUCCCGAACCAGACAAUGCCAUCUUCACUCAGCGGGUAAUUACAGGAACAAUGGCUUUAUUGUUUUCUUUCUUUUUUAUUAUUUUUAUAGUGUUCAUCUCCAGGAAGUGCUGCCCUCCCACUUUAAGAAGAAUUAGACAGUGCUCAAUGAUUCAGAACCACAGGCAGCUCCGAUCCCAAACACGACUCCAUAUGUCAAACAUGUCAGACCAAGGACCGUAUAAUGAAUAUGAACCCACCCAUGAAGGACCCUUCAUCAUCAUUAAUGGUUAUGGACAGUGCAAGUGUCAGCAACUGCCAUACAAAGAAUGUGAAGUAUAAUAUCUACCUAUCAUCAAAAAUUACAUCAGAUAAGUAACCUAUUUUACAUAGUAGGGGCUAAAUAUCUAAUUUUUAACAAUGGUGACAUUAAGCCUAAUUUUCAAAACCAAGUGGAGACUUAAGUUUUUGAAGUGUUGAAGUGUUUUUGAUUUUUUUUAUGAAACCAUAUUUUAAGUGUUAAAUGAAGCAAUGCUCACAUUAAUUUGCAAUCUUGUUGGAAAGUCUAAAAAUGCUUACUUCAAAUUAAGGCAUUUCAUGUAUGCGAUUAUAUACUAUUGAGUGUAAACAUAAGCUAUUUUUUUUCCCUACUGAAAACAGUUUGGAAAGAAGGUACUGAGCAGAAAAAUAUAUGAAUCAAUACUUGUUUGAUCAUUGCUUUCCAUCCCAAGUACCACCAUUGGCUUGUUGCUUAAAAGGAGACUUAGCAAAGUUCUCUUGUAUGAUAAUUUGGUAUUUACUUAAAUUUACAAUUUACUGCCAGUGUGGGAAGUAGAAUUUCAUUAUGCUAAAGACUGGUAAAUAUUAAACACUCUUAUUCCAGAGUUUUUGCCUGGGUUAAUAGAUAUUAUCAAAGUCCACAUCAUGAAAUUAGAACUCUUUAUGUAAUUCUAAUAAGCUGAGUAACUCUUUAAUAUAUUUAAACAAUGAAUCCAAGUGAAUGUGGAAAAGGUCUCAUUACAAUGAAUUCAAUACUAAAUGAUUACACUGACUUUGUAUCAUACAGCUCUAGUUUAACUUAUAAUGAACAUGUUGACCUUUUGUGGCAUUUUUAGACAAUUAUUUUAAACUAGUAUUACAUUACCAUUUUACUUAUUAGUUUACUAAAUCCUAUAUUUACAUUUAUAUGUGAAAAAAGAUUUAGAAAUUAUUUUGGAGAGAAAAGAGAGAAACUGAGUCAACUUAAUCCUAGGACCUGCUCCCUUUAGUUUGAAAGCACACACAACAUUCUCUCCCUUUCUCAACUGUCAUGAUCAAAGUUGCCUUACAAAGAGGUUUAAACUCUUUCUUCUGUUUUCUUCCUAAUCCUCACACCUCAGAUCCAAAUCAAAAAUAAUUAGCAACAGGCAUAACAAUGAUUCUUAAUAGAAUAUAUAUUAUAAAGGAACAUUAAAAAUCACUUUCUAAAUAUUAUAUUCUAAAACCUGGCAUUUUAAUAAGGAUAGUCAUAUUAUAAGAGCAGUUCCUUUCCAAGUGAAAGAAACAACAGAUUACCGAGCAAACCUCUUUAUGGUAAAACACCAACUACAUGCUUAUACAGCCACGCAAUGGUAACUCAAAGGUGGCAUGGAGGGGAGGGAGAUGAAAGGGAAAGGCAGCAUUUUGAAAUCUGACUCACAGAAACGGGUUAGCUGAAGUUAAGAGGCAGCCAAGAGUGAGGCAAAUGGGUAGCUGUACACUAUCUACAGGGAAGGUCCCAUGACCUACAGCUGAAAUGAGGAGGAGGAGGUCCCCUAGUGUUAAUAUAAACAUUCCACAAUUAACAAAUGAUAGUGAUGCCACACUUCUCAUGUGAAAAAGAACCACAUGUAUUGCGUUUCUUCAAUUAUGAUUUCUAUGGAGAAACUAUAACAUAUUUAAGAUUCAGAUGCAAGUUACCAAUUCACACAGAAUUUUUCCAUAAACAAAGUUUAUGUAGCAGCAAAACCCAAGACAUUAGACUACUGACUUGAUUCUAGAAGAAUGAACAUUUUUACAACUGACAUUUACAACUGUAUGUGAAAAAGGCGAAAAUCCUUAGAGAAAACCACUACCAUAAAAGAAGAAAGUUACCUUUUCCUUAAUAUGACCAUUAAAACAUGAUAUUUCUCAUUCAAGGCAUAUUUUUUCUUCCCUGGACUAAACUGAAAACAUGUUAAGAAUACAGUUUAACCUAUGAGGUUUAAUUGUAAUUUUUUUUUCUUUUUAAUACUAAAGAGAGGGGUGUCUGUCUACAUUUCAAAAAAACAAAAAACAUGUCUCAGUAAAAUGCUGACAAGAUCACAUAUUAUGGUAAAAAUGUAUUCUCUGAAUUUCUUAAGGUGGGUAAAUUAGUUUGCAAAGUCUCUGUCCGUAAAGUUCAGGUGAUCUUGAGCAGUGAGCAUUUCAUUUCUUGUUAAACCAGAUCUUAGGCCUGCCUGGACAGAGACAAAAGCUGAUUUAAUGGCACAGAGCACAGCUCACCACUUCCCUUCAGGGCUGGAUCUGAAACCCCCAUUACAAAUGAGAGCUCCACAGGUAAAAUUUACCAACUCAUUUAUCAGGCAAACCAUGGCCAUUUGUCAGAGAAAAGCUUUGUCACAAUAUUCUGUCCUGAACACAUAAGAUUCCAUUAGCCCUAAAGAAUAGCAAAAAAGUAUUUUCUAUCAUUUCCACCACACCAAAUUAAUUGAAAUUGUGAGUAGAAGGGUGAGAAAUAUUGGCUAGGAAUCUCCACAUUAAUCCUAAAGAUUACAGUUAGUAAAAUGGACCAUUAAUCAGCAAAAUUCUUAAUGUAUGUAGAAAAGUAAAUUGGAAAAGCAAGCCAUUUAGUAAUUCAGGGAACAGCAGAACCAAGGCCACCCCGGCAUACUUUCAAGAUGAAAAAUAACUGAUUUUUUGCCCUGCAUAUUUUCUUCUUCUUCUUUUUUUUUUUUUUUUUUUUUUUGGUAAUGCUCUCUGAGAAAAGCAAGUAACAAUGCCAACCAGCAUGUCCCCUCUUCAUUAAAGCACAAACUUCCUUUUUGAAUUGCCUAUUGAAGGCAGUAUUCCAUUUAAUUUUGGUCUUUUUGUGUUUCAGUAUCAGCACAGAUUUGAAGAUGAGACUGUUAGUUAUAUGUGCUCUCUUUACCAACUGGCUAGAGUGGAAGAGCAUCGCAGCUACAUUGCAGAUCCUGCUAACCCAAUGUUAGAGCUUUUGUUUUUUGGUUUAGUUUUAUCUUCCUCAGCCUCCUCUUCCCACCAACCCUGUUUUUCCCUCCCCCAUUUUCAAGAUUAGAGGAAAAUGACCACUUAUCUAGAACUAGAAAAAUAAUUAAAUCUCUGGAAAAAGAAAAGCUAAAGAAGGUUAUAUACUGUACCCACCUAGUAAUCAAGAGCUAGUUUGGAAUCAUUUAUAUUCAUUUCUGUAGUUUGCCAGGGAUUUCAAUCACCUUUAUAAAAUGAGAGUGGGCUGACAAAUUUGCAAAUUCACACACAAUUCAGAGAGAAUACCCACUGCCAA